AUGAUUUGUAUCCAGUGUAAAUGCCAUACAGGAAUUUUCUUUUCUGAUAAUAGAUUCAUGCCGGAGCACAAACUGGCCCAUUUGGAGAAGAUAACUGGUGUUAGAGGAAAUGGAGAUACUUAUCUAUUUAGGUGUCUGCCUUUCCAACAGAAGUAUAGAGCCACUGAGAGUUUAAUGAAAAACAGCAGCUCAAGUCCUGAGUCUGGACUUUGUGAAGCACAGUCUGGACUUUGUACCACACAACAAGAAAGACUACAAUACCCAUUAACAUCACUAGAGAAACUGAACAAGUCUGAAGCAUCAGAAAGUACAAAUCAAGAAGUGUCUUGUCAAGAAGAUAAGCAACAUGUGACUUUUAACCCUUGUAAUCUCUUAAGUGGAACGGACUAUCAGCAAAGACCUUUGCACAUUGUCUGGCCUCACAGGUGGGAACAUGAUAAAGACCCUGAGAGUUUCUUUAAAGUAUUGCUGAAACUUAAAGAGAUGGACCUACCUUUUCAUAUGUCUGUCCUUGGAGAGACUUUCACUGAUGUACCAGAUAUAUUUUCAGAGGCCAAAAAGGCAUUGGAAUCUUCUAUCUUGCACUGGGGCUACUUACCUAGAAAAGAUGACUAUUUCCAAGCUCUAUGCAUGGCUGAUGUUGUGAUCUCAACAGCUAAACAUGAAUUCUUUGGAGUGGCAAUGAUAGAAGCUGUAUAUUGUGGUUGUUAUCCACUAUGUCCUAACGCUUUGGUGUAUCCAGAAAUAUUUCCAGCUGAAUAUCUGUAUUCUACACCUGAACAGCUUUUUAAAAGGCUUCAGAAUUUCUGCAAGAGACCAGAUAUUGUAAGGAAACAUCUCUACAAGGGUGAGAUGGAUCAGUUUUCUUGGGCAGCACUACAUGGUAAAUUCAGGUCUCUGCUCACAACAGAACCUAGGGAAGAUUUGUGACAGAUGGGGCUAAGUCACAAACUUGUAGCCUAAGGCAGAAUCUGUAGAACUUUCCAGAGUGUGCCCAUAUUUACCUGAUCAGAGAGAAAAGAAAAUCUGCAGAGGAAGCUGAGCCUGGCUGCUUGUCAUAGCUGACACAGAGCCAUCUGCCACAAACCUGUGGCGGCUUCAGAUCUCCAAUCCCUGCCACCACCCGAACUCAAAUUAAAUACAGAUUCCUAGAGACGUUAUGAUGGUUACACAUGUCCUCGGCAUCACAUGCAGGAGACUGUUCAAAAAAAAUAUGUGGCCUGUUGUAUAACCGCACUCAUGUAUCCCAUAUGUGGUGCCACAUUGAAUUUCCGGUUGAAUCUGUUUUUAUCCUUUGUACUGGAUGACAUGGUGCCUGAAUUCUUUCUUUUUGCCGACAUGAUGGCAGCCAAACUGCAGCUUCAAACGCUCACACUUGGCUGGAUUUCUACCUAGGUUGCCAGGUUAUCACUGGAGCCUUAUUGUGUCCUCAAAGGGCCACAGGGCCUGAAAGGAGGAUCAGAAUGCUACUGGACUAAUUGGGCAGCCAUCUACGAAUUGUUUGUAGGCAAAGCACUUUUCUUUUUGCAAAUUAAUGACUCUCUGGCACAGGGUUUUUAAGUGAAGGUAUUAAUAAGGGUCUGGCAGGUAUUCCCAUGAUUCACAGUUACAUUUGCAUUUAAUUAAUCUUAAAGAAAGCUGCAAGAUAAACAGCUGUAAUUCAAACUAGCAUGGGAAAUAUGCUACAUGGUGCCAUCUAUCCGAUAAAAUGAAAGCUGAGACACUUGUUUUAUUUCUUUCAAGGAUGGAGAACAAACAGAUAACAGUCAAAAUACUUCCAAUAAAAACCAGUAGUUUUUAUGUAACUGUAGUUCAUCAAAAAUCUUUGCAUUCAGUUACAAAUAUAAUCUUUUAAAGAUAAAUCACUUAUGAUUCUAAGCAUUAGGCUGCUGUAUUUGUUGAUGUAAAAUGUUUUGAAGAUUUAGAUUGUACAAUAAAUUUUUAAUAAAGUGCCCACUGCAUUUUUUAAUUAGCAUAUCUCAUUCAUGUAUAAGUGUGUACAUCCAUCUGUAUGCUUAUCACUGUGCAUAUCCUUGAUACAGAGUCAAUGAAUACAAUUGUGUCUUUAUCUGAUGAAUUUAGAAUCUGUUUUGCAAAUGAUAAUAAAAUUGUUAUAACAACUCCAAGA